AUGUCGCCCGCCAACGGUAAGCGUCACUGGACAGCGAAUCCAUGCGCCGAUGGAUACGAGGAUGGCGAAAAAUGGACUCUACGCGAAUCCGGCAAUUGGAUGGCUGCUCUUAAGGGCACCAACGGUCAGAAGGUCAAGAAGGUCCGCACCUCGGUCACCUUCCGCCUGCCCAAGACCCUGCGUCUUGCGCGCAACCCGCAGUACCAGCGCAAGGCUGUCAACCGCCUGGCCACCCUCGACCAGUACAGCGUCCUGAGGCAGCCGCUCAACACCGAGACUGCCAUGAAGAAGAUUGAGGACAACAACACCCUCGUCUUCCUCGUUGAUGUCCGUGCCAACAAGCGUCACAUCAAGGAUGCCGUCAAGAAGCUGUAUGACGUGGAUGCCGCCAAGAUCAACACCCUGGUCCGCCCCGAUGGUGUCAAGAAGGCCUACAUCCGCCUCCCCGCUGAUGUCGAUGCCCUCGACGUCGCUAACAAGAUCGGUUUCAUCUAAGCUGUUUUUCGUUGGAGCCUUUGAAGCAAACAAAAAUUUCGGUUCUUGUUUCUUUUUAAACACGAAUACGGGAAGCACUUUGUCAAAUGUUCAAAUAGUAUUUUGUGUGCGGCCGCAUGUAUGUG